AUGACUGGUGUUGAGCUAUUUACUGAAAAAUGUCGAGAUCUAUUAGAGCUGGAACGAGAAGAGGAAAUAAAUCAAUCAACGGAAGCAUUGAAAGGUCAAUCGACAAAACGUCUUGCUGAACGAGGUUUCUGCCUGACACGUCUUCGUUUUCAGUAUACAUACACGGGUCUCUACGGACGAACGAUCCUUGUUUUCGAAGGCGAAUCUCUUUCACGUGCACAAACGUUUGGACCGGGUGAUAUAGCUGCUAUUUAUCAACAGGGACACUCAAUUGAUGAACAAGCAGCAUUAGCGCGUGGUUUGAUAUUUCGUUUAACAACGAAUACAAUUCAUAUAACGAUUGAAGACAAUGAUGAUGAACAAUUCAAUUCACUAAGUGAUACUUGCCUUUUUAUGAUUAUUAAAAUGGCGAAUGAUGUGACAUAUCGACGAUUGAGACACUGUCUGGAUUUAAUGAUUAAACGGCGCCAAGGCAUUGCGUAUCAUCUUCUUGAUAUUGCAUUUGAUAAUGGUGAGCCCAUUCCAUCGAAUUUCUCCCAAAACGCUGGUCCAUCACAAUGGUUCAAUGAGAAUCUUGAUGAAUCUCAACGUGACGCUGUAAAUUUCGCUCUGUCAUCCCGUGACAUCUCGAUUAUUCAUGGGCCACCUGGCACUGGCAAAACAACGACGAUCGUGGAAUAUAUCUUACAAGAAGCGUUGAAACGUGAUGCAAAAAUUCUCUGUUGUGCACCGUCGAAUAUUGCAGUGGAUAACCUUGUCGAGCGUUUGGGAAGGAAAAAACAAUUGAAAUUGAUACGUCUUGGUCAUCCUGCACGUUUGUUGGAAUCAAUCCAACGUUUUUCGUUGGAAUCAAUUGUAACAGAAAAUUAUCAGGAUGUCAAGAAUGCAAUACGUGAAGAUUUAAAUCAAUGUUUUACCAAAUUACGAAAAUCAACCGAUCGUGGAGAACGUGAGCGUUUGAAAAAAGAGAUAAAAAAUCUGCGAAAAGAUAUUCGAGUUUACGAAGAAAAAGCGAGUCGAGAAGCUAUGCAAUCAGUUAACGUCAUUCUCUGUACAUUAACAUCGGCAACUGAUGAUAGUCCAUUGAAAUUAUUACCACCGAACCACUUCGAUUUGGUUGUCAUCGAUGAAUGUUCACAAGCACUUGAAGUUGCCUGUUGGCUUGCACUGCUUCGUGCACCACGCUGCGUAUUAGCUGGUGAUCAUUUGCAGUUACCACCGACGAUCUUGAGUGACAAGGCUGCUAAGGAGGGUUUAGCUAUAACAUUAAUGCAGCGAUUAAUUGAACAAUUUGGCGAUAAAAUUACUCGAAUGUUAACGAUUCAAUAUCGUAUGAAUGAAGCCAUCAUGCAGUGGUCAUCCAAUGAAUUCUAUCAAGGAAAAUUAGUGGCUGAUAAAUCUGUUCAGUCACAUCUUUUGAAGGAUUUGGAGAAUAUUUCCAAACGUAAUCACGAAGAUGAACUUGAUGAUGAAAACCUUUCCCAUUGUCCGCUGUUUCUCAUCGAUACAACUGGUUAUGAUAUGCCGGAAAUCUGUCUCGACGAUGAAAAUUCUCGUGGAAAUGAAGGCGAAGUUGCUCUUGUCAGCACUCAUGUAAAAGAAUUGAUUGAUAACUACGGUGUAUCUGUUGAUCAAAUCGGUGUGAUAACGCCGUACAACAUGCAAGUUCAAUUGUUGCGUCAGAAAUUGUUAGGAACAUACCCAAUGUUAGAAAUCAAAUCUGUUGACGGAUUUCAAGGACGAGAAAAAGAAGUGAUUAUUAUCUCUAUGGUCCGAUCGAAUCAACGAGGCGAAGUGGGAUUUCUUUCGGAUUCUCGUCGAAUUAAUGUUGCUAUAACUCGUGCACGUCGACAUCUGUGUGUUGUAUGCAAUGUUCAAACAGUUAGUCAUGAUCCGUUUAUGAAACGAUUAAUUGAUUAUAUGCUAAACAAUGGAGAAGUUCGAUCUGCUUUUGAAUUAGUCGAUGACAAUAAUUUUUUCCAAGCAACGAUUUCAUCGAAAAAAUCAACAACAACAACAACAUCAUCGUCUUCAAAACAGCCGAAACAGCAAACAAAGAAGCCGAAACAACAAUAUCCGCCAAAACCUCGAUCGGAAGCAACGAAUACUCUCGAAAACGUACUGACAAAUAUUCUCGAUCUACGCAUUGACGCUUUCCUCAAAGAUCCCAACGCUCAACAGUUGCAGUUCGAAGACGGCCUAUCAUCGUUCGGGAGACAUUAUGUUCAUGAAUUAGCAGAAAAAUAUGAUCUUCAACAUAUUAGUGAAGGUACGGGCGAACAGCGGCAUAUUACGGUUAUGAAGAAAGUUUCGAAUGAUACUGCGACACAACGGAAAGUAAAGAAAGAGGAAAAGAUAGAAGAACAAGAACAAGAAGAAAUGACAACGCAGUUUCGUUCAUUUUCCGUAUUGGAUGAUGAAAAUGAUAAGAAACAUUCCAAAUCAGUAAUUCCUAAAAAAGCAACGUCAACGACAAUAACGAAAGAAGAACAGAAACAAGAAAUAUCAUCUGAAGAGAUUAGUUUGUCAGAAAAGACAGCGUCACCUGUGCUGACUUCAACUAAUCUCUGUCGUUUUUGCCGAAAAGAUAUUCCACCACAAAAUCUUCAAUUGCACGAAGUCUAUUGUCAACGAAUGCACCCAUCAUCGUCCGUGUCCACGACAACAAAUUCAGCAUCUGAGACUUCCUCAUCUAAAUUAAAUGUUGCACCUGAACGUCCAAAAACUGUGAAGAAAAAAACAAGCAAAUUAGAAUCAAUGAAUACCGAAGCAUCGUUCGAUGAACUACUGGAAGCCGCUCGUCAGCAAGACAACGUUUGCAACGCACAACGAUGUAAAAUCAAAAUCAGUUUAUUAGGACAACUUUGUUCGUAUUGUAAUCGUCGUUAUUGUUUUGAACAUUCGAUGCCUGAAGUUCACGGCUGCGGCCAUCAAGCACGCACAGACAUGCGACAAACGCAUAUCUCAACACAUAGCAAUGUUCGACCUGUCUAUGAAAAUUCGACAAUAAGCAAAGAUAAACGACCAUAUUUAGAAAGAAAAUUGCAGGAGAAAAUCAAUUCAAAAGAAACUCAACGAAAGAAAAAAUGA